GACGCGGUUUCUAGCUAAGUUCCAAAAAUGAUGUCCAGUCUAAUAGCAGUGUUUUCUUGUGCAUGUUUUUUUUUUCUGUCUUCUAUGCCCAGCGUCCAUUCCACUGUAGCCACGGAGAGGUCCUUCACGUCAAGUUCAUGUACCAGUGUCCAGUGUCCAGUGCCGUUUUGCUUUUAAGCACAAGUACUUUUUUAAACCCUACGCAGUUAUCUGCUAGUGUCCAGUGUCCCGUCCCGUCUUGCUUUUUAGCACAAGUACUUUUCAAGCCUUCCGCUGCUGUUUACUAGUUUCUAGUUCUGUUUAGCUGUUAACCACCAUUCUUUUGAUGGUGCCUUCAUACCAUGUAUGGUCCACUGAGUGUGUUCAAAGUAUGCUUAUGGAGAGGUGUACCGAGAACCAGCUCAGUAUUUUACACCCUUCGCAGUUAACAGCUAGUGAACUGCUUUUCCAGGCAUACCAACAAGUCAGUAGCCUUCACUCCCUGGAAAAGGACGUUGGAUAUUGGCUCUCCAGAUUUUGUCCUUUGGGGCAUGUCAAGAUUGUCACAGAAAGGUGCAAGUAUAAGGGUGUAUCACCUGGAUGCGUAGAGUUUUUUAAAUUCGUUGAGCACCUGGACGUGAGGGACGAACCCGAAGCAAAGUUAAGGUGCCUAAGUAAAUGCUAUGCUGUUCACUUGGGUGUCUCAGACACCUGUCCCGAGCAGUUUGGCAUUAAAGCAUUUCACCGAUACUUUGCCGUCAUGGUAAAUUUGAUGCCAUGCCGAGUAGGCAGGAAUGAGGGUUGUUGA